AAAACUUAUUAAAUUAAAACAGUAUAUUUGUGAAGAAUGUGGAGAUUAUUUGCAACUGAGUAGUUCAGAUAGAAUUGAUUUUUUGAUCGAUGAGAAAACGUGGGCUCCUUUCGAUGAAGACAUUCUUUCUCGGGACCCCAUUCAAUUUGAUGAAGACUCUUCUGAAGAAUCAUCGGAAUACCCUUAUGAAGACUUUUCAGAAGACUCUUCUGAAGAAUCGUUGGAAUACCCUUAUGAAGACUUUUCAGAAGACUCUUCUGAAGAAUCGUCGGAAUACCCUUAUAAAGACCCUUCUAAAUACUUUUAUCAAGUAUUUUCUAAUUAUGAAAACUCUUAUGAAGAGGAUCUUGAUUUUUAUCAAAUAGAAACAGGCUUAACCGAAGCUGUUCAAACAGGUCUAGGCCAAGUCAACGGUAUUACUGUAGCAAUAGGGGUUAUGGAUUUUUAAGUUUAUGGGGGGUAGUAUGGGAUCCGUAGUCGGAGAGAAAAUAACCCGUUUAAUUGAGUACGCUACAGAAAAUUUUUUGCCUCUGAUUAUAGUGUCGGCGUCCGGGGGUGCGCGAAUGCAAGAAGGAAGUUUAAGUUUGAUGCAAAUGGCUAAAAUAUCAUCUGCUUUAUACAAUUAUCAAUCGAAGAAAAGAUUAUUUUAUAUAUCAAUCCUUACAUCUCCUACAGCUGGUGGAGUAACAGCGAGUUUCGGUAUGUUAGGGGAUAUUAUCAUUGUUGAACCUAAUGCUUACAUUGCAUUUGCAGGCAAAAGAGUAAUUGAACAAACAUUAAAUCAAACCAUACCUGACGAGGCACAAGAAGCUGAAUUUUUAUUUGAGAAGGGUUCAUUUGACUUAAUUGUACCACGUCAUCUUCUAAAAAGCGUUAUUAGUGAGUUAUUUACGUUUCAUGACCGGGGCACUUUCUUUCAUUCAAAGUUCAAAUUCAUUUGAACUUUGAGUGAAAGAAAAUAAUUAUAUUGAUUUUAGAUUGAUAUAAAUAGUUAGAUAAAAACUCACAGAUACAAAUAAAUAUAGUAAAAAAAAUACCUUUUCUAUGAGUGACUUUCCGUCUCUUUUUAUACCAUUAGUAGGCUUAGUAUUGCCGGCAAUUGCAAACGUUUUAUUUAUUUAUUACUGUUCAAGAAAAAUAAAAAUUUUUAGAUAUUUUAUAUAUUGAGAUCCUCCCUUUUUUGUAAGUUGCUUUUUUUUGUAUCAUAACAGGAAGAUCUGUGGAAUCAUAUUGACUUAAGGCGUUAUUUUUUUCUAUCUAACCAAGUUUAUGAAUUACCCCUAAAGGUUUACAUCAAACUAGUGCUAG